AUGGUAUACAAGAGAAAGAGAAAUGUGAAAAUAGACAAUGGCUUGCCAUAUGCUAUUUACAAACCCGGGUCCUUCGACGUGUCUUCCUUGGAGGAGUAUGUUCCUCCGUCGCUUGACACAGGGAUGGAAGCCGAUGAAGAGAAAGAGCUCCACCUGAAAAAGAUAAUGGAGGGAGAGAAGGGAAACAUCCCGAUUCCGGUGAUAACUAAAGUGGAUAACCCGGCACGAGAAAUUUAUGGCAAAUAUGUUCCCAAGCGCAAAUAUGUCGAAUGGAUUGGAGAUGCCGAGAACGAGUACUUGAUGAACAACGAAGAUAGGAGAAUAUGCAAGGAGUCUGGAGUGGAUGAAAAGCAGUUUUAUGGGAUACUGUCUACGAUCUCCAACAAGCAAGACCUUUUAGAAGGCAAGGAAAAGUUCUCCAGGAUGGUUGCAUCCAGAAUACUAAUCAGAAACGAGAAAUUCAAUCCUCUUGCUUAUGUGUGCUUCCGCAAGAGAAUUAUUAAGCCUAGUAGGAGAAGUAGAAGAAGUGAAGAGCUCUCGAAGGAGAAGGUCGAAAGGAUGUGGAAAGAGCUACAUCUACUUGAGGCAUUGUGCAAGCUUUAUGGCAAGAGAAACAAGCUGGAAAGGGAUCUGGAGGAUGUGGAGUGCAGCUUGCUCGAAACAUUUUGUUUGCUCAUGAAGAACAGUUCCAGGAAAGCAAGGAAGAAGAUGGGUAGGAAGAUACUGGAUAGACAUGGAAAAUCUCCGAAGGAUGGAGUGGUUUGUGCAAGCGGAACUAUUGGAGACAUUAUGUUUGACAGAACAAGGAUUCGACUACUCAAGCAAAGAAUCCAAGAGGCUAGGGAGCGAGCAUGCCUAGGCGAGUAUGAUUCUGAAGCCCAAGCUUUCAAGAAAUACAAUAAUCUAUACAGAACAUGA